AUGGACGAGAUUUAUUGGACUAAUAUUGAUUUCAUUAAUGCCAACGUGCAAGCUGGAAAGUCCUAUGUCAUUUCUAAGACAUCAACUGAAAAGGCAUCCAUUGAAUUUGCUGAAGAAACUGGAUUGGAUCUUGUGACUGUAGUAAACCCUUCUUUAGUAGUCUUUUCCUUUUUCUGCCCUUUAUCUUCUGCUCCAGUGCGAAUGAUGCUGGCUUUGGUCUCAGUUGGAGGUACACAUGAAGUCUUCAUAGAUGCCAUUCUUGAAAGUCAGAAAUAUGAAUGGCAAAACAAGUAUAUAAGCACAUCCUACUUGGUCUCCAAGACUGUAACAGAGAAGACAGCAUUAGAUUUUGCAGAGGAACAUGGACUAGACCUUGUCACUGUUGUUCUUCCGUUGGUUGUUGGGCCAUUUAUCUGUCCGAAAAUACCUUCGUCGGUGAACAUGGCACUCGCAAUGGCAUUUGGAAAUCACGACCGUUAUGGGGCAAUUACAAAUUUGUAUAUGGUGCACAUAGAAGAUGCUGUCCAAGCACAUAUUUUUCUUCUUGAAUAUCCAAACACAAAAGGGAGGUACAUUUGCUCAUCAGCCAAUGUGUCAAUCACCACCAUAUUUGAAUAUCUUUCUGCAAAGUACCCUGAAUUUGGCAUACCAAAUAUGAAGUGGUUCAAAGAGAAUGAAGAUCAUGAUACUUGUAGCCUCUCAUCAAUGAAACUCUUGGAUUCUGGGUUCAAGUUUAAAUUCACUGUGGAAGACAUGUUUGAUGGGGCAAUCCAACGCUGCAAGAACAAGGGUUUCCUUUAACAAACAUGUAGUUGUGAAGUUAUAGACUAUACAUGCACUUCCCACCUCUCUUUCCACAUUCUUUGAUUCAAUAUUGUAC